CGAGUGUAAUAGCUUUUCGGGAAUUGGGGUUUUUAAAAAGAAGAGAACACAGCAGCACAGCACGGUCACGGUCAGUGUUGUGAGUGUGGUCAAGGAAACCUUAACGUCGCUUUCUGUAAUCGUUCGUUGGAGAGAGAGAGAGAUCUUCUAAGCAAACAACAAAAUGGAGAAUACUGAACUGAGCAAGGAUCAAAUGAAAAUCCUGAAGGAUGCUUUCGACGCAUUCGACAUUGAGAAGAAGGGCAGCAUCUCGCUGGAAGUGAUCGGUACGAUCAUGGAGCUGCUAGGAUACGCUCUGUCCGAGGAAGAGCUGAAGGAGGUGAUGGAGGACUACGACCAGGAUGAGUCGGGUCAGAUCGAGUUCGAGGAGUUUAUCGAGCUGGCAUCGAAUUACGUCGAGCCGGAGGAAGACUACGAUGUGCUGAGGGCGGAACUGCGUGAAGUUUUCAUGCUGUACGAUAAGGAUGGCACGGGUUUCAUUCCGGUGAACUCCUUCAAGCAGAUUCUCCGCGAGCUGGACGGUGCGGUGCCCGAGAACGAGCUGGAUGACAUUGUGGAUGAGAUUGAUGCGGAUGGGUCGGGCACGGUUGACUUUGAAGAAUUCAUGCAGGUUAUGACAGGUCCCAACGAAUAAGCGGAAAACAAACACACACACACACAUACGUCGGAUUCGGACUGGAAGGCUGUGCUGGAAAACGGAGCUGACAUAAUGGUGGACGAACGCACUUGAGCACCAUUUUCUUUUUUCUACGACUGACAUCUACUUCGCAGCUUGAGCCAAUUCGCUACAUAUGAUCACAAUUUGUGGUUGUGUGUGUGUAAGCAAGGGUAAUGAUAUUUCGUACUUCUAACAUAAAUAUCCAAUAGCCUUGUUAAAGCAAUCAUUCCGAGAUAAAGACAAAAUGCGAAAUAAAAUCACGUUAACGCAUCACGAGUUAAUGAUAAAGUU